AACUAGAAAACAGAAAAUAUUGUACAAUUUUCUGAAAUAAAUAGACCUCAGGAGUCAUUUAUUGAAAUUUUAAAAAUAUUUGGGUCAAAAUUGAUAAUUAGCCAAAGAAAGAAUGAGGUAAUGUUCCCACGCUAUCAGCUUCACUUUCGUCUUCAACCUCUUACUUUUCUGCGACUCCUGAUUGGCGAGUUUCCUAAUUCCUAGUGAGUGGUGGACUGUGGAGGGACUGGGAAUGGGCAUAUUGAGCGGCGGAAAUGGGAGUAUAUGGGGAAUGGGUUCCUUCUAUUCUCGCGACGGGAAUAGCAGACAAAGACGAAGAAGGGAACGAAGCGGCGGAAAUGGAGAAUCCAACGCCGCAGGCUCCGAUUCCGUCGACGUCACUCGUGGCGCCGGCUACCGCUUCCCUGCCAAGCAAGCUAUCACUGCUGGGUCUCUCGCCGUCACCGGCGAUACCAUCGCCCAGCUCCGGGAUCGAUGGGUGAAGAACAAAGACGCCCUCCCUCAAUCUCCCCAGUUGCAGGAUGUCAUGGGAAUUCUACUUUCCGAGCAUGACUGGCUCCGAUCCUUACGGAUGGCUUCAUAUGGGCUUCUUCUCUAUGGACCGGGUACUUUUGCCUGGUACAAGUAUCUUGACCAUUGCAUGCCGAAGCCAACAGUUCAGAAUGUAUUCACGAAGGUUUUACUCAACCAAGUAAUACUCGGUCCUUGUGUAAUUGCUGUUGUUUUUGCUUGGAACAAUCUAUGGCUAGGGAAACUCUCGGAGCUUCCAAAUAAGUAUCGGAGAGAUGCCCUUCCCACACUAUUUUUUGGAUUUAGGUUCUGGAUCCCUGUCAGUGUCUUGAAUUUCUGGGUGGUUCCUCUUCAAGCUCGAGUUGCUUUCAUGUCAAUGGCCUCUAUCUUUUGGAACUUUUGGCUGUCUGCAACUAUGAGCAAGUAGUUUCGCUAAGAACAUUGUGUAGAAGCAGCUUACACCUUGACCAUCGCUAAGAACAUUGUCAAUCCAUUUACAGCAAGAACAUAUGUAUUCUGACAUUUAUACAUUAUGGCGAGCAAUCCAAGUUGGGGAUUCCACAAAAAAUGCCAGUUCGUGGAUAAGCUUGUGUACGAGGUUUCCCAGCAAUACAAGUGAAAACUCGAGAACACCAUAAAUUUUAUAACAAGCUUUCUUUCCAAAGAUGCAGCAUAGAAGGCCGGUGAGCUUGAUCUCAUAGAAAGCGAUGUGGAUCAUAGCUUCUUGUUGAUUACAGUAAUGGAAUUGAAUAUAUACAGUUUUCAGCUGAAUCUUUUCAACUGUUCUGUUGUUUCCAUUGCAUGAUUCUCGUUUCUAUUAACCAUUUUAUAUGCUUUGUGACCCU